CUCUCUCUUCUCCAACACCCAGUGUGCUCAUCUCUCUCUUUCUUUCCCUCUACCUACUCAAUCACAAUGUCCGACCCUAAACCCAACCGUGCCUCCAUUCCCGACUGGCAAAAACCCAACGCCACCGCUUCCAACGACCCCGACUCCAACUCCACACCGUCGCCCGCCUCCGACGAGAACGAGACCAGCGCCCCCCGCUCGGCUCUUCUAGAGCAAGCAACAAAGUUCCUGCAGGAUGAUUCCAUCCGUGAUGCCUCUAUUGAUCGCAAGAUCUCCUUUCUAGAGUCCAAAGGCCUUCAAAACAACGAGAUCGACAGCCUACUCGGCGUAUCGCGCAACUCCGAAGCUACCAACACCUCCGCCGAGUCCGCUUCCCCGGAUUCUGUCAAUGCAUCACCGAAGACGGAGAACGAGCCGGAGACCCAGGCAUCCAGCCCUCCCUCGACAUCUUCUUCAUCUUCUCCUCCAGCUACCACAUCUUCUAGCGUUCCCAACACCGCCAGAAGCACAACAUCUUCAUCACCCCGCGACGUCCCUCCGAUCAUAACAUACCCGGAAUUCCUCGUCCAUCAAUCCAAGCCCCCACCGCUCGUCUCCCUCCAAAGCAUUCUAUACACGCUCUACGGCGCCGCUGGAAUCGGAGCCAGUAUCUACGGCGCAAGCGAAUACCUCGUGAAGCCGAUGCUCGCGAACCUGACGAGCGCACGCCACGAUCUUGCGCAAACCGCCUCCGAAAACCUCCAGAAGCUGAACGACAAGCUCGAGCAGAACGUCUCCGUCAUUCCGCCACAGCUUACUGCCCGGAAAGCAAACGACGAGUCCUCCGAGGACUCGGAAUCCAUCACCUCGGACCCCACGGAGCUGUUCCAUCGGGACGUGGCGACGCAGACGUCAGACCUAGAGCAGGCGCAGUCGAAGUCGAAGGAGGACGGCGAGGCAGUCCCUGACCCCACGGCCACCGUGAACACGCACGUGAAGCGGAUCGAGAUCCUUAAAUCUCAUCUGCGGGAGUUCGCGGACACCGAAAAGCAGUCGUCAAGUGUUGACGAUUCCGCGCGGACAGGUCUCAACGAGCUGCAUCACUACCUAGACGGGCUGAUCUACAGUAAGCCGGGCUACGGCCCCGUCACCGGCUACGGGGUGUAUAGCUCCCCAGGCAUGGACAGUAGCGGGACUGCGACUGGCGUGGGCAAGGGCGAAGAGGAUGCGAUUUCUAGCUUCAAGUCGGAGAUUCGAGGCGUCAAGGGUGCUUUGCUGAGCGCGAGGAACUUCCCGAGUCGGGGACGAGUGGGUACCAGUCUUUCUCUGGGACGGUGAGGCAGAGAGAUGACCAGUGAGUUGCAACGGGUGGGACUUGAUGCAAUUAGUGAUACCACAUGUACAAAUGAAUCGUGUUCUUUACGACGAUCUUCUUUCAUGCUUGCCC